AUGAGUUUCCUUAAUUCAGUUCUCACGUCCAUAGGGACAGGCGAUGCGUCAAUCAUCCCGCCCUCGACCCACAGACAAUCGGCGUCGGCUCCCAUACCACCCAUAACCACCAAGGCUCCCACCAUCCGCAAUAAUAAUGCCCUUUCACUUGGUCAGAAACGCAAGGCAGACGAUAACGUACUCCGCCCGACCAAGGUCACUAGGAUCACCAAGCCGUCCAGCGUCUCAGCCACCCCUCAAAGCCGGCCAUCCACCCCUCAAGCGCCUGUUAGAACCUCAUCCGCAUCGAAGCCAGCCACAUCCUUGACACCAAAAUCUACUCCUCCGCACAAGUCCUUGAACACUACCUCCUCGAAACCCCCAGUAAAAGGCUCGUAUGCCGAUAUCAUGGCGCAAGCCAAAGCCCUUCAGCAGCAGAAGCCACUAAACGUCGGCUUAAUAAGGCACCAGACUGUUGCAAAGGAGCGAAUGAGUAAGGCGAAACGGGAGCGUUUAUUGAAAGAGGCAAAGCAGCGUGAGCUUGAAGCAAGCAAAGGCAAAAAGCCAAAUAUGUCAGGCGGAUCCCCUGCGCUGGCCUCGCGAUUCAAGGCCGACAGAUUGCACCUUCGCAAAUCCAGUUCAGAGCCGGAUUACAAGGGAACUGCUCGCCCGUCUACUACCCCAUCUUAUACCGGGACUUCGGGGCUCCCCUCACGACGUGGAACCAAGAUUAUCGAAAAGGGCAGUCAGGGUAAGCCCCCUCGCCCUCGCAUUAGAGAUGAAUACCUUGGGACGGAUGAAGAAGAUGAGGGCGAGGAUUAUUACGAUGACUACUCAGACGCUUCAUCCGACAUGGAAGCUGGAGUUAUGGAUGUGGAAGAAGAGGAACAAGCAGCACUCCGCCUAGCCAGAGUUGAGGACGAACGAGAACUAAAAGCCGAAAUGGAAGCGAAAAAAGCCAAAUUGGAGCGCAAGAAAAAACUUGCUGCACUUUCCAAAUCACGCCGAUAA